UUAUGGUCCAAUGAUGGUCCACCGGCAGAGAAGUCAGGAAGACGUGCCAAAGAAGGCAAAGGCUACUCUGCGUUCUGUCCUCCGAGAUGGCAGGUUCAGCAAAUACGUGCGACAUCUCAUAUGAGGAUCUGAGAGCACUUUUGGAUAAAGGCCAGAACCUACUUCUUGUCGAUGUUCGCACUCAGGAGGAAGUGGAUAAGGGACGCAUACCUGGAUCACUCCACAUCCCAGUCAAUGCGGUAGAAGAGGCUUUUUCAAUGGACCCAGAAGCCUUCAGGACAAAAUACGGAGCAGCCAAGCCACCGUUGGACACCUCAGAGCUGGUGUUUCACUGCCAGAUGGGCAAGCGGGGCUCCGCGGCCACGAGCACAGCGGUGGGACUUGGCUACGUGAAUGCACGUAAUUACGCUGGAGGAUACAAGCAGUGGUCUGAGAAAGCAGGGCGGUGAACACUGGAAUGCCAAACUCGGGGAAAGAUGGAUCGUUUUAUUCCAUUUCUGUUUUCAGCUACGCUGAGUUGUGAAUCUACGAAUAAAUUGUGGUAGCUACCGA